CGCAUAAGAACCACACAAUAGCGACAGUUACAAAUUAACAUCACCUAAUUUUUAAUUUUUAUUUUUUUCCUUACCUAUAUAGAGUCACAUUUUCCUCAGCUCACACAGCUCACAGUAUUCACACGUCACACAUAUCUUUAUGUGUUAUAUACACAUAGAGACGCGUCGUAAGAAUCAUAGAUACAUCAACUUCUUUAAUGCUCUCAUUUCCUUUUAACGACAACCAUCCCAUGAUGUUCGUCAGGUCAUUAAUCUUCCUCUCCUUCUUUUUCCUCUUCUUCACGUCAGAUGCUUCGUCCCUCAAACAAACCUACGUGAUCCACACUGUCAAAAGCGAUACAAAACACAUCGUAACUUCGCUUUUGAAUUCACUCCAAACAGAGAACCUUGAUGACGAUGACUUUUCGCUCCCCGAGAUUCACUAUAUAUACGAAAAUGCCAUGUCCGGUUUCUCCGCGACUCUCACCGACGACCAGCUCGAAACAGUGAAGAACACAGAAGGGUUUAUCUCGGCGUAUCCAGACGAGCUCUUAUCCCUACACACAACACAUUCUCACGAGUUUCUUGGUCUCGGGUUUGGGAUCGGACUUUGGAACGAGACGAGUCUAGCGUCGGACGUUAUCAUCGGCCUUGUGGACACAGGGAUCUCGCCAGAGCACGUGAGCUUCCGAGACACGCACAUGCCCCCGGUCCCGUCUAGAUGGAGAGGUUCCUGCGAUGAAGGCACAAACUUCUCUUCUUCGACAUGUAACAAGAAGAUCAUUGGAGCUGCCGCGUAUUACAAAGGCUACGAAUCCAUCGUUGGUAAAAUCAAUGAAACCACUGAUUUCAGGUCGGCACGAGACGCACAAGGACACGGGACGCAUACGGCCUCAACUGCAGCUGGAGACAUAGUCCCGAAAGCAAGUUAUUUCGGGCAAGCGAAAGGCGAUUUCGCUUCAGGGAUGAGGUUUAGUUCAAGGAUCGCUGCUUACAAAGCCUGUUGGGCCUUAGGUUGUGCCAACACCGACGUAUUAGCAGCCAUUGACCGAGCCAUUUCAGACGGUGUCGAUGUGAUCUCUCUCUCGCUGGGUGGUUCUUCACGCCCUUUUUACGUGGACCCGGUCGCCAUCGCUGGGUUUGGAGCGAUGCAGAAGAACAUUUUCGUUUCUUGCUCUGCGGGUAACUCUGGCCCAGCCAAAUCCACUGUGAGUAACGGGGCUCCGUGGUUGAUGACCGUUGCUGCUAGUUAUACGGACAGGACGUUUCCGGCGAUUGUCCGGAUCGGCACCGGUAAGAAGUUAGUCGGAUCGUCCUUGUACAAAGGGAAAAGCUUUAAGAACCUGCCACUAGCGUUUAACAGAACGGCCGGCGGAGGAAGGGGGGCCGAGUUCUGUGUUGGGAACUCGCUCAAGAGAGAACUCGUCGAGGGUAAAAUCGUCAUUUGCUUAAGAGGAGCCAGCGGCAGAACGGCCAAGGGGGAAGAGGUCAAGCGGAACGGCGGAGUUGCGAUGCUUCUCGUGAGCAGAGAGACGGAAGGAGAGGAGCUCCUAGCUGAUCCUCACGUUUUACCGGCGGUUUCAAUCGGAUUUUCCGACGGCAAAAUCUUGCUGAAGUAUCUUGCCGCCGGCGGUGCGGCAAACUCCACUGUCGCAACUAUUCGAUUCAGAGGAACCGCGUACGGGGCAACCGCUCCGAUCGUCGCCGCGUUCUCAUCCAGGGGACCCAGUGUCGCCGGGCCGGAAAUUGUGAAACCGGACAUUUCGGCUCCCGGCUUGAACAUCCUCGCCGGAUGGUCGCCGUUCUCGAGCCCCAGCCUCCUCAGAUCCGAUCCGAGGCGCGUCCAAUUCAACAUCAUCUCCGGAACGUCCAUGGCUUGUCCCCACGUCAGCGGAAUCGCGGCACUAAUAAAAUCCGUUCACGGCGAUUGGUCACCGGCGAUGAUCAAAUCGGCGCUACUGACGACGGCGAGGACCACCGACAACAGGAACCAACCAAUCGGAGAUAUGGGGGCGGGAGCCAAUGCGGCGGCCACAGCGUUCGAUUUUGGCUCGGGACACGUGGACCCUGCGCGAGCGGUAGAUCCUGGACUGGUAUACGAUCUCUCAACCGUCGACUAUCUAAACUACCUGUGCAGCUUAAAUUACACGAGCGAGAGGAUACUAUUGUUCUCCGGCACCAAGUACACGUGUCCAGCUAGUCCCGGUGAGUUGAACUAUCCGUCGUUCGCGGUGAACUUGGUGAAUGGCGCGGGGUCGAAAACGGUGAGAUAUUAUAAGAGGACAGUGACGAACGUUGGGUCACCGGCGUGUGAGUAUAUGGCUCACGUUGAGGAACCCAAAGGUGUGAAGGUGAGGGUGGAGCCCAAGGUUCUAAAGUUCCAAAAGGUUCGAGAGAGGUUGAGUUAUACGGUGUCGUUCGUUGUGGAAGCUUCCAGAAAUUCAUCUUCUUCCUUUGGCUCUUUGGUUUGGAUGUGUGACCAGUAUAAGGUCAGAAGCCCCAUCGCGGUAACGUGGGAGUAAACUAUGGUUUUUAUAUAGUACAAAAUAUAUAUAUAAAUCAAGGAACUCAAUUCUCUGAUUUUUAAAAUGUUGAUGAACAAAAGCUUACCGUAACUUGUAAGAUUUUGAAUAACACAUAUGGCAUAACAAAAUAUAUAUAUAUAUAUAUAUUGAUUCGUCUUUUAAACAUGGUUUGUUG